AUGCAACGUCAUCAAAGGACCACGAAGCACAGGGACGCCAUCCGCAACCAGGAGCUGGCGUUGGCCAAAGCGGCUGGACAGCAUCGCAUCCCGGAUUGCCCGAAAGCCCGUGACGUGGAGCACGAUGCGGUGGAGGCGCUGCUGGACACGAUGCUCUUCAUUACCAAGAGUGACACACCCAUAGAGAUGUGGGUGCAACUCGUCCGGCACCUUGCAUCCCGUGGGACUCCGGGAUUCCCGAAGAACGGCUACGGCACGUAUUACACAACGUACGGGUUCGCGGAACUAGUGUCGGCAACAUCGAGCUAUCUUCGUGCGAAGCAGGCAAGGGAGCAUGAGUUCACCCUGCACGAGGAGGCGAUUCCCGGCUACUCGGCGAGCGAUGGUGACAUCCAGUCAUGCAUUCGGACGUGUCGCUCGUUUGCGACGGAGCUGCUUUACAACCUCGACUUUCGGCUUGGCGACUUGACAAAUCUCAACGCCGCAAAGCUCUUCAUGCCAAGAACCUGGCCGCGUGGGAAAGAGGCGAGGGACGAGGAGUGCAAAGAACACAUGGAGAAGCUGGCGGUGAUGUUCCAUGCUCGUGACAGAGAUGAGAUACUGCCUGUGGCACGAUGGCGCACCACCAAGAAGAGGCGACCCACCAAGCGCAAGGCAGCAAAGGUGGAUGUAUCGAGGAGAAGUGGCGCGGUGUUCCGGGGGGCACUUGCAGAGAAGCGAGACCACGCUGCUGCUGCUGAUGAUGAUGCUGCUCAUGCUGACAGUGGGGGGGACAGUGAUGCAAGUGCAGAUGAUGUGGAGGAGGAGGAAGAUAACGGGUAG